AUGCCGAGCCAGAUCCAAGACAUCACCACCAAGCACGAAACCCCGACCUACAUCUUCGAGCAAAAUGCCACCAUAACGCUCAGAGAUGGCUCGGGCCUAGUCCGUUGCAACGUCUACCGCCCAAAACCCUCAGAAAGGGUCCCAGUCCUGGUAACCUACGGCCCCUACGGAAAAGACAUCCCGUACUCCGACUUCCACCCCCAAAGCUUCAGCGAAGUCAACCCCGAGCAACGCUCGCAGCAUUCAGCAUGGGAAACACCAGAUCCGGGAUAUUGGACAUCACAAGGCUACGCAGUCGUGCGCGCCGACGAGCGUGGAACAGGCCAGUCAAUGGGAAAACUUGACACCAUGUCUCGGGGGACUAGCGAAGCAUUUUUCGACGUUGUGGAAUGGGCGUCUGAACAGGAGUGGUCUUCAGGGAAAGUCGGACUCCUGGGAAUCAGCUAUUACGCCGGAAGUCAAUGGCGCGUCGCCGCGCGGCAACCGAAGGGCCUCGCGUGUAUGAUUCCCUGGGAGGGGAUGUCUGACUAUUACCGUGACCGGUGCCGACAUGGUGGGAUCCUGUCGAAUAAGUUUAUCAAGUUCUGGUGGGAUCGGCAGGUCGUAAGUAACCAGUACGGAAGGCCUGGUCGGGCUGCUAGGAACUGGGGACCCGAUACUAUCGAGGGUGAUCUGAGUGAGGAGGAGCUGGUUGCGAAUCGCCAGGAUCAGACGGUUGAUAAUGAGGUGAAUGCCUUCCGGGAUGAUGAGUACUAUGCGUCCAAGGAGUAUAGUAUGUCUGAUAUCACUGUGCCGUUGCUAUCCGUUGCGAACUGGGGUGGGAUUCUUCUUCACCUGAGGGGCAAUGUGGAAGGGUGGACGCAGGCUGGAUCGGAGUUGAAGUAUCUCCGCUUCAUCACCGGCCGCCACGAUCUACCAUUCUACUACGCAGAGGAAGUCGAGCUGCAGCGCAGUUUCCUAGAUGCAUUCCUCAAAGGUGAAGAUCGCGCAGGCUGGUCGACAGGCAAAGCACCCAAGGUGGACAUGGUCCUUCGCAAAGGCGACGUAGGACACAACAACGCAGCCGGUGAAAAGACAUUCGAGCGAAGAACCGAGCACGAAUGGCCUAUUGCUCGCACGCAGUACACAAAGUACUAUCUCACGUCCAAGCGGGAAUUGAAGACCCACGCACCAGUCGAAAGACCAGUGAAAAUCACCUACGAAGCCCUAGGAGAUAUCGACAACCCCAGACUCGUCCAAUUUACCACAACCGCCUUUGAAAAGGAAACCGAGAUCACGGGCCACAUCAUCGCGCAUCUGAACGUCUCUAUGAGUCCGAAGCCAGGCGUACCUACACCAAAGGAUAUGGACCUCUUUAUCACACUGCGCCACAUCUCACCUUCAGGAAAGGAGGUCUUUUACACCGGUACGGCCGGUGAUCCCGUUCCGCUUUGCAAAGGCUGGCUGCGUGUAUCCAUGCGCCAGACGAACCCGGAGCACCCGUGUCACAGACCCUGGCUGCCUCAUCGGGAUUACUACUCGACGGAUGUCCGGCCUGUUAUUCCGGGUGAAAUUUACCCGGUUGAUGUGGAGGUCUGGCCGACGAAUGUGGUUGUUGAGAAGGGAGGAAAGAUUGUAUUGGAGGUUUCUAGUGGGGAUACACAGGGGUGUGGGUUGUUCCAACAUAAUUCGCCCAUUGAUCGGUCUACGGCGCGUUUUGAGGGUCAGAAUCAUAUUCACUUUGGGCGGGGGGAGAACUAUGUUACUUUGCCGAUUAUUCCGUAG